CUACACGCUCCACCAUGGACUGAUUUGAUCCGAGUCUCCGCAAACAUGGCCAACGCCGACAGCGAAGUCAAGACGUUGCUAAACUUCGUGAAUUUGGCCUCCAGCGACAUAAAAGCGGCCUUGGACAAGUCGGCUCCGUGCAGACGCUCCGUGGAUCACAGGAAAUACCUGCAGAAACAACUGAAGCGAUUCUCCCAGAAGUACUCCCGGGUGCCGAGAUGCCACGCGCACAGGUCUGGCGACUACGGCUGCACCGAACCGAUGGGGGCUGCUCGGCUGCGCGCGGACGUCACGAAGAAGGCCGCUUCGGACGCGCCGCGCGCGGAGGACGCGGGCAGCGCCGCGGAGCAGGUGCCGAUGCGGAAACGGCAGCUGCCGGCCUCGUUUUGGGAGGAACCUAAAUUGAGCCCGGCUAAGAGGGAGGCCCCGCAUUUGGGAUUAAAAAGGAGCCACGCGGGCGCUGCCGAGGGAAGUGAAAACGAGAAGCGGAGAAGGGGCUGCGACAAGGACGACGCGAGGGCCGCUCUGUCGGCGUCCAGUUGGCGCAGCGGCGCGGACAGAGAGGCGCUAAAGUUGGACGUGACCUCGCGCCACUGCGCGAACGCGUGCGGCUGCUGCCCCUUCCAGUACCACGGACACCAGGUUCUCCACAGUCACAUUGUCGUCCCACAUCCGCAGCUCGGACUGUGGAGUAAAGCCGCGGAGGCGGAGAGACCCGAGCAUCCCUACGGAGCGAAGAUCCACACGCACGUUGUGGUCAAACCCAUAGCGACCAAACCCACCGUGCCGUCACCGAUCUUCAGUGUGUUUGGAUUCAUUUAAUUACCCCACCAGCAGUCACACAGGCCAUGUGCAAAUAGGACUAAUUGUCUUCAUGUCGAGUUCUACGUCUCAUAACAUUUAAUUGAGACACUUCCUCAAAGCACUUAUGGGAAAAGUAAUUAUUUGCAUUGUUUAAAUCUAAGGGGUUAUUUUGCACUUCGUCUUUGUGCGGGUUGCCAGUCUGAUGCAUUCUACAUAUCUGAAAAGUGACAGCAGUUUACAAGGGUUCUACUUUUAGGUUUCUGCAGAGGAUGACUGCUCAUUUCUUCAGCAACAGAAGUCAUGCAAAUGAAUGAGCACAUCCUGUUUUAGUUUUGUCUUUCAACUAUAAGAAUAGAAUGUGGGACAUAAAUUGCUUUUUUCUUUGUCGAUAGAAGGGCACAUUUGAAACCAUGACUUUUAUUUUUAAAUAAAUGACUCAACUUCC